AUGAACGAUUACUCUGCCUUGGAACACCAUACUCCGAAUAGAGAUGAGUUAAGACGUCGUAAAGGUUAUAAAAAAGGGUUACAAUUAUCAAUUUUACUACUUGGAGAGAAGGGCAGCGGCAAAUCGACAUUUUUAAACAACUUAUGCGGUAAACAUAUAUCGCUCUCAGAUGAUGAUGAUGAUGAAGUAGCAAAAAAUGCAGCCAUAAAAAAAGGAAAUGCAAUUCAAGAUACAAAUGCUGAGUAUAAAACAGCUCAUUUGAGUCCUGGGCUAAGAAUUGUUACCAAAAGAGUAUACUUGAACGAUGAGCUAGGAGUGCCAAUCACCCUAGAUAUCAUAUUAUUUCCCGGCUGCGGUGACAAUGUCGAUAAUUCACAAAGCUCGGUUGAAAUUAAAAGGUAUUUAGAUCAACAGUUUGAAAAUGUUUUAAAAGAAGAAGUCAGAAUAAAGAGAAACACAAGAGACACUGAUGGUAGGCCUCAUGUUUGUUUAUAUUUCCUCAAGAGUACUCCGAGGGGAGUCAAGAAAUUUGAUGUUGAGCUAAUGAAGACAAUUUGUGAUAAAGUUAAUUUGAUUCCCAUCAUUCCGAAAGCUGACGGUCUUACGGAAGCCGAAUUAGCAUUACACAAAGAUAUUGUGCGUCAAGAAAUUUUACAAAAUGAUAUACAUGUUUUUGAUUUCAAAAGUGAUAACUUAGGAGAAACGCUGGCUCUCUAUGAUAUGGAUGUGGACAGCAAUCCAGGAAAGUCCAAAUACUCCCGCGACACGAAAAUUAAAGACAUAUCGCCAUUUGCUAUCAUCUGCAGCAACGCCAUCCGCACAACUGCAGAAAAUAGUGUUGAGCACAUAAGAGAAUAUGAGUGGGGCAGUUUGAUUGUCGAAGAUCAAACCACCUCGGAUUUUAUAUACCUGAAGGCAAUACUAUUAGGGUCCCACCUACAGGAAUUGAAAGAUGUGACAAACAACGUCUUGUAUGAAAAUUACAGGGCUGAGAUAUUAACCGAAAAGAAAAUUCAUUGCGAUAUUCCUAAUUAUAGCUACAUGGACGAAGGUUCCCGGGAAAGCAUCAGUAAUGUUUCCACCAGAAGAAGUAGUUCAAGUAGAACACUGGGGAAUCUGGAUUUGAACGAUGAAAAUGCCUACAAAAUAUACAAAGAAAUAGAUGAGAAAAAUAAAAUUAUCGAAGACUACCAGAAGAAGAUUGAUUCACUGGAGAGAAUGCUAACUGGUCCUGACAAAAGUAAAGCUUAA